AUAGUCUCCGACUCUCCAUCCUCUAGUUAUGCACACUGCGCAUUGCACAUGUAAAACAAUUGCCAUUUCCCAAACCUCAAGCUUUAACAUUUAUUUAUUGUAGUACAGACAAUUGAGGUUGAGGAACUGCAAGGAGGUUGAAGAACCCAAUUGCAAUCAGAAAUGGAAAAGGGGGCAGCCCAGAUAGCUAUAAUUGGAGCUGGGAUCUUCGUGAGGACUCAGUACAUUCCCAGACUCUCCGAGAUCUCUCACCUCUUCAAUCUCAAAGCCAUUUGGAGCCGUUCUGAGGAAUCAGCGAGAGGUGCUGUUGAGAUAGCUCGCAAACAUUUUCCAGAAGUGGAAUGUAAGUGGGGUGACAAUGGUCUUGAUGAGAUCAUCCAUGAUUGUUCAAUAAUCGGGGUUGCGGUUGUUUUGGCUGGACAAACACAGGUUGAUUUUUCACUGAGGCUGCUCAAGGCAGGGAAGCAUGUCCUUCAAGAGAAACCGGCGGCAGCUUCUAUAAGUGAGUUGGAAACUGCACUUUCAAGCUACGAAUCUAUUUGUGCCAAUCUCCCUGGCCACCCAAUUUGGGCCGUGGCAGAAAACUAUCGAUUUGAACCUGCUUUUGCUGAGUGCAACAAAUUGAUGGCUGACAUUGGGGAUAUGAUGAGUGUCCAAGUUAUCAUUGAAGGAUCCAUGAGUAGCUCAAAUCCAUACUUCUCAAGUUCAUGGAGGCGUAACUUCACAGGGGGUUUCAUCCUGGAUAUGGGAGUUCAUUUCAUUGCUGGAUUGAGGAUGCUUGUAGGUUGUGAGAUAGUCUCAGUUUCGGCCAUGACUUCUCAUGUGGAUACAACCUUACCCCCACCAGAUAACAUAUCCUCUCUAUUUCAACUUGAGAAUGGAUGUUCCGGAGUUUUUGUGAUGGUUGUUUCCGCAAGAGUGCCCAAGAUAGUCUGGCGUGUUGUUGGCUUAAAGGGAACGCUGCAAAUUGAGCGUGGAAAUCUAGAUGGAAGACAUGGCUACCUGGUUUCAUUUUAUGGUUCUGAUGGGCAAAACAAAAGCUCCUUCUUUUCCUUCAGCGGAGUGACUGAUGAAUUAAAAGCUUUUAUACACGACAUAUCACAGGCCACGGUUAAGAACGGCAGUGCCUAUGAAGCUGAGCCCCGCCUGUCCUUUGUGGAAGGUGCCAGAGAUGUUGCUGUUCUAGAGGCGAUGCUUGAAUCUGGAGCCAGGCAAGGGGCACUAGUUCGGGUGAAGAAGUUUUAGCCUGCCGAUGGGAUUGGAUAUCUUCUUCACCAACAUGAUCGUGAGGACUAGUUAUAUAUUUGAAUACUGAGAUUCUUUGUGUUUUCACAGUUCAAUAUAAACAAAUCAACUUAAAAUAAAAGUCUCUAUGAUAUCCAUGGGGUAGUGGUAGUGUUCAAGGAUUUUAGGGGCAAUUGGCUCCUCUGUAACUUUGAAUCAAAUCAAUAAAAACUGCUCAGAUAUUGAACUUU